UUAUCCUUCCACAUUCUCCUCAGAGUUUGUUUAGUAUUCACAAACCACUGAAUAUUGUUAUUUUACACAAUCAUGUGUAUAGAAAUCAGACUAUAUACACAACUUAACUAUUGAGUAACCAUCCAUCUUCUUCCCCCGCCACCAUGUCUUCUAAAUCCAAAUUGAACUUGAACAAAUCUACAUUAUCAGAAUCUCCAACCCUAAACAACAAAGUAUCUAAAGUAGCUGCUGGUGACAAAGUAUCUAUUGUUACUCCCAUUACUAAAGUAUCACCGGCAACUCCUAAGGUCGCUAAAUUAAGCCGGGGAGUGGCAAAAUCGGAUAACGGUUCACCUUCUCCUCUGCAAAGUUCACGUGUUUCUUUUGAUCGUUCUCCAGGUUCUGCUCCUUCAAAGCCUGUGCUGGAUCGCAGGUCUCCAAAGCUCAGUACAACACCUGAUAAGCAGCCAACUCGUCUGUCAAAGGGAUCUGAAUUGCAGGCUCAACUAAUUGCUGUUCAGGAAGACCUAAAGAAUGCAAAGGAGAAGCUACUGGAGGUUGAGAAAGCAAAAGCACAAGCACUUGAUGAAUUGAAAGAUGCACAGAGCUUAGCAGAAGAAGCUAAUGGGAAACUUACUGCUGUAUUGGUUGCUCAAAAACGAGCUGAAGAGGAAUCUGAAAUCGAGAAGUUUCGUGCUAUUGAGAUGGAACAGGUCGAUGUUGAUGCAAGUCAGAAAAAGAACGAGGAACGGGAAAAGGAGAUUGAAGAUCUGAGGAAUCAGCAUUCCGUGGAUAUUUCAGCUCUUCUCUCUGCCACUCAUGAGAUCGAAAAGGUGAAGCAAGAACUAGCCAUGACUUUUGAUGCAAAAAAUCAGGCGCUUUGCCAUGCUGAUGAGGCGACCAAGAUUGCCGAGAUCCAUGCGGAGAGGGUGGAGACUAUGUCAGCUGAGUUGCUCCGCUUAAGUGCUGCAUUUGAAUCCACGAAUGAUUCGAAGGUAAAUAGUGAUAAUGUGGUCACAAAGCUGAAAUCAGAGGUACAAACACUUGUACAAGAGCUGGAGAAAGCCAAAGCUCAUGAAACUGAGGCUAGAAAAUAUGAAAUAAUGGUGAAGGAGCUCGAAUUAGAGUUAGAGACGUUCAAACAUAAACUUCAGAAAGGAAAUGAUUAUGAAGAGAAGCUAGCAGAAAAUGAAGCGACUGUAGAGCAACUUACUAUUGAACUGGAGGCCGCAAUAAUAGCUGAAGCCUGUGCUAGUGCGAAGGCAAUAGAUUAUGGGACAGAAGCCACCAAAUAUAGUGAAAUUGAGAUGGAGCUCAAAUCAGAAGUGGAAACUUUGACCCAAAAACUUGGCAAAGCUAAAGAUUAUGAGCAGAAGCUAGUGCAGCUCGAGCUUGCUCUAGAGCAUCUGAGUGUAGAGCUGGAAGCUGCAAAAAUGGCUGAAUGUUAUGCACAUAAUCUAGUUGAAGAGUGGCAAAAAAGGGUUGAAGAACUAGAACUUUACUCUGAACAAGCAAAUCAAUUGGAGAGAUCUGCAUUAGAAUCUUUGAGUUUAGUCAAGAUACAACUAGAUGAAAGCAACGGUCUGCUACGUGAUGCAGAAUCUGAAGUUACUUCUCUCAAAGAGAAGUUGGGGUCACUAGAAUUGUCAAUGGGAUCACAGAAAAUAGUUCUUGAGGAAUCAGAGCGUAGUGUAGAUAUGGCCAAGAAACAAGCUUCUGACUUGGUAAAGGAGGUUGAAUCUCUAAAGUUUAUGCUCGAGACUGUGAAGGACGAGAAAACCCAAGCACUGAACAAUGAGAAACUUUCUGCUACCACUAUUGAAACGCUGCAAGAAGAGAAAAACAAGCUUAUAAAUGAGCUGGAUACUUCCAGGGAAGAAGAAGAGAAAAGUAAAAAAGCGAUGGAGAGCUUAGCUUCGGCAUUACAUGAAGUAUCUACAGAAGCAAGACUAGUGAAAGAAAAGCUGAUAUCCAGUCAAGAUGAACAUGAGAAUUUAAAAACCCAAGUAGAGAACUUAGAGCUAGAACUGAGGGCAUCUACUGAGAAAUAUGAGGGAAUGCUUGUUGAUGCAAAACAUGAGAUUGGUGUCCUUAAUCAAUUUUUGGAACAAGCUAAGCAUGAUCAGCAGACUACCAAAGCUAAUUGGGAGCAGAAAGAGCUUCAUUUGGUGGAUUCUGUAAAUAAAUCUGAAGAAGAGAAAGUGUCACUGACAGAAGAAGUUAGCAGGCUGGUUAAUUCACUUGAAGAUGCUGAGAAGGAAGCUUGUGCAACAAAAAAGGAAGAAGAUCGGGUAAGGAAUAGCCUAGCAGAAGCCGAGCUUGAGGUAGAUUAUCUAAAGAAAAUUCUCGAGGAAACAAAAGCUGAGAGCCUGAGAUUGAAGGAAAGUUUACUGGAUAAAGAGAAUGAGUUGCAGAGUAUUAUUCAGGAGAAUGAGGAGCUUCAAAGUAAAGAAGUUGCUUCUUUAAAGAAGGUUCACGAAUUUUCAAAGUUGCUAGAAGAAGCUAUGACUAGAGAACGAGCUGAGGAGAAUGCAGAGCUCUCAGACAGUGAAAAAGAUUAUGAUAUGCUCCCUAAAGUAGUAGAGUUCUCUGAACAAAAUGGAAAUGGGAAGAAAGAGAACUUUAAAUCAGAGCUGCCACAUCAGAAUUUCCAGGUUCUUGUGCAAGAAAUUCCUCUAGAGGACAGUAAUGCCGUGUAUGUAAAGGGGGUUGACGCUGUUGGUAAAUCUAAGGACUUAAAUGGAACGCCAGACUGGAAUGAGAAUAAGGAAAAGGAAGAUGAUAAAGCAGGAGUUGAGUUUAAGAUGUGGGAAAGUUGCAAGAUUGAAGAUAGAGAUUUCUUGGAGCAAGAGAAAGAAUUUGAUGAAGAGCUGGACUCAAAGGCAGAAAAUGAGAGCUUUGAUCAGAUCAAUGGAUCCUUCUUGUCAGAAAAUUUAGAGAGUGGUGGCAGCUCACCAACAAAGGAGUUGAGUCAGAAGAAGAAAAAUCCUUUGCUCCGCAAGUUUGGAAGUUUACUAAAAAAGAAGAGUGCUAGCAACCAGAAGUAAAUCAGAUAAGAUUGAUUUGUUUAUGGAUAGGUAUGUAUAUUGGGUUCUGUUAACCUAAUUUCUGUUUCGGUACUUCCACGCUUCCUGUUUCCUAUUUUCUAAAAUGGAAAGACCAUUACUUA